UUUGAUUUCCUAGGGAAAUGGUUGUUGAUCUCUCACACUCUCUGUUCUUUCCUGUAAACUUUUGAAUCUGUCAGCCAUUUUCAACCACAUUUGGAGCCAGGUUCACAGCUUCAAAAAUAAAUGAAAACUUCAAAGUUUAAGUUUGAGUCCUUCAAACUUAAAAAAACCCUAGAAAGUGGCAGGAAAUUAAUGGUUAAUUGGGAAAAAUGACAAGCAUAACGUGGCUCUCCUUUUUAGAUUUUUUUUAAUAUGACAGUAACUAACACAGUACCCAGACUCAGAAUUAGUCACAGACUGCCUUUUCUUGCCUGGUAUUGUAAAUGGAAUUACUGCAGCAUGAGCACAGGCAGUUCACAAAAGUGAAGCACAGGCUUCGUUAGUUCUGCAGCUCAUGGGGCAGACUCUCUUUUUGUUGCAGCAGCUGCUUACCAGUACAGAAUUAAACUGCACUUGCUUUAAUCUAAACACUUCUAUCAUGAAUAACAGCAUCCAUCUACGAGUUCUGCCCCAACUAUACUGGUUUCCACAGUGCUAAACAGUGCAGAAAGUGUGCAUAAACAGAGCUACAGUUAAACAUGUGAAAUCACCAGCCCUCUGCCACAAAAUAAUCAUCCCUAAAUCAAAACAGAUUUGAAUUUAGAAGUAGUCAACCCACUCUGGCAGCUUGUACUGAUUAGGGAGGUAAAACAAUGUUGAGCCAUUUCUUAGAGGAUAUGUAAUAAAUGAAGACAUAGCAAACUUUUUGAGCUGCUUGUCAGGAGGGAAGGAUGCAGACUCUAGGAAAAAAAAUAAAAGUCGUCUCCUUGCCUCUUUCAUGCUAAUUAAUGCAUUCAGAAGCUGUAUUGAGAGGAAUUUAAACUCGUGAUAGUCAUAAGAGAACAGAUCAAAGAAGAAAAAACAGAGCAAGUCAAGGAGAAGAAAGCUGCUCAUGCCUUUCAGUUAACAGACAGAAUACACGUCUGAAAGAGGCUUGAGCAGGACCAAGCUCACAACAUGCCCGGAAGAAACCACCAUACGGAUGGCAACUUUUUCAGAGGGAAAGGACAUGGCUAUCUUGCAGCAGAAGAAGCCCUGGGUAUUGGACUCUUCUUUUUGGUGCUGGCAAUUUUAUUUAUCUUUGGCUGCUGGUAUUACAAAAGACGCAGUGGCUACAAAAGUCUACGGAGCAAAAGUUCUGGCGUGGGCACAAUACGAACCGCAGUAGGUGAAGGAACAACGCUGGACUGCAAAAUGGCUCUGCAGGAGUACAGAAACUUUAAUUCUGUGGUACCUGAUGCUCCACCAGCUUAUGACAAAAUCGCUGCAGAUCACUCACCUCCACCUUAUUCACCAUAA